AUGCCAUGGAGAGUCGCCCCCGGCAACGCCUCCGUCCCGGCGAUUCCCGCCAUAGAUGGCGCCUCCGAUUUGGCCCCGGCCUCGGAUGAGGUCGAGCACAAGCCCGACCCUGACUCACUCGCUUCAUCCAACUCUGACAACGACACGCCCCGGACGGACAAGGAUCCAUGGGCCCAGGCCAGCCAGCCACUCCCCUCCUCCAGCCCUGCCACCGAUCCAGACCGCGAGCUCGACCGCAUCGGCAUCCCCAACGGGGGACUCCGUGCUUGGCUUGUCGUCGUCGGUGCAUUCAUCGACUUUAUGGUCGCUCUUGGUCUCUUAAACUCCUUCGGUAUCUUCCAGGCUCGAUACGAAGCCAAAUGGCCCGACCGAAGCACGGCGACGCUCACCUGGAUUGGCAGUACUCAGCUCUUUGUUCUUUUCGCCGGCGGUUUGUUUGUUGGCCCUGCGUUUGACAAGUAUGGUUCCCGCACCCUGAUGCUGCUUGGCACUGGCUGCUGCCUCGCCUCCUUCCUCUGCACCAGCUGGUCCACCAAUUACUGGCACUUUCUUCUGUCUCAGGGUUUUCUCUUUGGCCUUGGAAAUGCUUUGCUGUUCUACCCUGUGACCGGCGCCGUCUCGGAAUGGUUCGACAAAAGCCGUGGCCUGGCACUUGGGAUUGCCGCCGCUGGAUCUUCCGUUGGAGGCGUCUUCUGGCCCAUUAUUCUCAGCAGUCUGUUUGACACCAUGUUGGAGGAAACUGUCCACCGCAUCGUCGCUGUCAUCUCGACGCCUCUGCUUCUCCUAUCUUGCUUGCUCGUCAAGGAGCGCAAGGAAGCGGCCGGCCACGACACAUCCGGCAACCAAGUCCAGCCCUCGCAAAGUAGUGCGUCUAAAGCCAUAUUCGAGUGGCGCUUCCUCGCCUUGAGCGUGUGCCUGAUGAUUCUGUACUGCGGCGUGCUGAUUCCCUUCUACUAUGUCCCUCUCUACGCACUGGACCACGGUGUGAACCGCUCCAUGGCCAACAAUCUUCUGGCAGUCACCUACGCGGGCUCCUUUUUCGGCCGCAUUGGAGCUGGCUGGCUCGCGGAUCGCUUGGGCAGGUUCAACAUCCUCUUCCUCAUGGGCACACUUAUGAGCGUCGUGACCUUUUGUUGGAUCUGGAUGACGUCCCUUGGGGCCAUGAUUGCCUUUUCCGUUCUCUUUGGUCUUUUCUCGGGCGGCCUGGUGCCCCUGGGCCCAGCCUGCGUCGCACAGACGACACACGAUAUGGGACACAUUGGCCUUCGCAUCGGCGUCAUGAUGGUCUUCAGCUCCGCCGGUGCACUGUCUGGCGGGCCGCUCAGCGGCAUCCUCAGAGAUGGCCCGACCGGCUGGCUGGCCGUUCAUUCCUUCUCUGCCGGGGUGGCCCUGGCGGGAGCUCUUUUGCUGCUCGGUGUGCGCAUCUGGCACCGCCCGUAUGCGCUGGCCAAGUUUUGA